AUGUUUGAGAUUCGCGUGGCAGAUCUAGCCGUGAACACUACUGCGCUGGCCAAGUCUGGCUCCGUUGCGACCGCAUUCGAGUACACCGACGAACAGGCGACCACGCCCACCGCCAUAUCCCGCUAUCGCGGUCGGGGAAACAGUGUAUCACGAGAUCACGACCAUAUCAACCAAUCCCCGGUCAAAAUGGCUUCCGGAUAUGCGGUCAGUCCCGAACCCCCGGCGCUUUUCGUGCGGGCCAUGUACGAUUAUGACGCCGAUGACCAUACGAGUCUGAGUUUCCGCCGGGGCGACAUUAUUCAGGUCCUCAACCAGCUAGAAACAGGAUGGUGGGAUGGUGUGAUUGACAAUGUGCGAGGUUGGUUCCCAAGUAACUAUUGUACCAUAAUUGCGGAGGCCGAGGAUUUCGGCGACCAUUUCGCCCACAGUCACCAUGAUACCGAUCUCAGUGCGGAUUCCGGACUCGAAGAUGAAUACGGCGAUGGACACGAAGAGGAGGAAGCGAAAUCCGAGGGAAAUCCCCGAGAAGUCCAGCCAGUCCUCCCAAUCGAGGGCAUUCCUGCGCCCAAGGAGCAGGAAGAGGCCGCAUUUUGGAUUCCCCAGGCGACACCCGACGGCCGUCUCUUCUUCUUCAAUACUCUCACGGGAUAUUCUACCAUGGAGCUACCCUUUGAGAACCCAACGGCCACAGCUGAAUCUGGCCCGCGAGAUCGAAAUAAUUUCUUUGUUCCCGAUCAGACGCGCCCACCCCCAGAGCUGAUGGCGCGUGGUUUUGAGCGAGAUGAAGACGAGUAUGACGGGUCGGCCUCAGAGGCAGAAGGAGAGUCUUUGAUGCUUAGCUCACAUGACUCGAUGUCUCGCCGACGUCAGUCCUUGAUCGAUGGAGUAUCCCCUGCCACAUCCAUGGACUCUUUGUAUCCCCCGGGAUCCAAAGACUUCAAACCGCCGCCGCCGAGCAAGAGCCCCCAAGCAACAUACAGCCUAGGUGGAAACAGUACGAGCACAUCUGUUAACGAGAGCUUUUCCAGAGCGUCUAUCUCUUCCAAUUUGCCCUUACAUUUUGUCGACGAUGGCCUCACCACGCCAAUCUCAUGGUCUUUGCUUGUCGGUAAUAUGCGAUACGCCGUGGAUGAUUAUCGCCAGGCACUUUUCAAUGGUGAGCGUGCAGAGUAUGUAAGAAAGGCCGAGGACAUUUCCGACCAUCUUCGCAUGUUGCUUGCUGCUGGAUCUGACACGACGGAUAACCAUUCUGGUAAUCCGUCUAUCAUUUCCACAAAUAAGGCUCUGUAUCCUUUCUUCCGAGACAUGAUGUCUAAGUUCUCGAAAUUGGUUCUUUCGUCACACAUUGCCGCCGCCGAUUGGCCUGGUGCCGAUUCGGUUAAUAAAUGCUUGCAGGAGGCCGAUGGCGUUAUGCAGGGCGUAUAUGGCUAUGUGGAUGUGGCUCAACAACAGCGUGGGGAUGUGAUAAGUCGAUUGGUGCCUGGCUUCGUCAGCGGCAGCUCUUCCGGUGGUAGUUGGCAAAACAACGGUGUUUCCCUAGAUUCAUCGGGUCCGACAUCCUUCCUUGUUCCGGAUGGAAAUGGUUCACGAGUCGAGCCAUCCGUUUCUCUCGAUACUGCGUUCUUGGAUUCGAUUGACAUUCUUAGAAGGUCAUUUGUCGGCAGUAUCCGUCGACUAGAAGAACGCUUGGUGAUCGGCCAGAAGAUUGUUACGAUAAAGGAGCACCAGGACAUUGCUGAUGCAAUCUCAGCUGCCGCUAUCAAAGUCAUCGAGCAGUUCCGCCCAUGGAUAUCUGCCGUCGAGUCGAUGAACCUAGCUCCGCUGGGCACCAGCUUCCAAAAUCCCCAACUGGUAGAUUUCAGCUUACAGAAGCAAAGAGUCUAUGACGGUAUUGGUGAUUUUGUCCUAAGCUGUCAAGCAAUCUCUACCCCUCUGGCCGAUGAAUGGGCUGAGCUUCGGGGUGAUUCACUCGACGAUCGUGUGAACGCUGUGCGCGUCAUCGCCAGGCAGCUGGAGAACUGUGUUUCCCAGAUUGGCUUCUCAUUGUCGCUGCUUCUUGAGCAAGUUCCUGCCGAACCAGUGUCAUCUUUACGACGUGGUAGCCGUCAAGAAGUGGAAGAUGACUACAAGAAUAUCCAUAACCGAGGCGACUCCCAGGCAAAUAUUGCCACGGAAUCAAUUGGAAUUCCGUCCUCCUACGCCCCUGAAAAGGAAGGCACUGAUAAGGUACGAAGAAAUAUGGACAAGGCACAGCGAUUCUUUGGCCAGGCACCCCCAACAGCCAUCACCCGAGAGCCAGUCCGGGAGCCAGUCCGGGAGCCCGAAGAGACUCCCUGGUUCCUGAAAAUGGUCCAUGAAGGCGAAGUGUUUUACGAUAACAAGGGCGACUCGCCAGUUCUCAAAUGCGGUACACUUGCCGGAUUGGUUGAGCACCUCACCCGUCAUGAUAAGCUCGAUGCAUCCUUUAAUGGCACCUUCCUCCUCACCUAUCGCUCUUUCACUACUGCCGCCGAGUUAUUUGAGAUGCUCGUCCAGCGGUUUAACAUUCAGCCUCCAUUCGGCCUGAAUCAAGAUGACAUGCAAAUGUGGAUUGAUCGGAAACAGAAGCCGAUUAGAUUCCGUGUCGUCAACAUCCUCAAGAGUUGGUUCGAUCACUUCUGGAUGGAACCUAACGAUGAAGUGCAUAUGGAUCUCCUGCGACGAGUCCAUACAUUCACUAGCGACUCAAUUGCUACCACAAAAACUCCCGGCACGCCCACCCUACUCGCUGUGAUCGAACAGCGACUUCGUGGGCAGGAUACAACUGUCAAGCGUCUCGUUCCGACACAGAGCACUGCCGCCCCCACACCUAUCAUCCCUAAGAACAUGAAGAAGUUGAAGUUCCUUGACAUCGAUCCUACGGAGUUUGCUCGGCAGCUGACCAUCAUUGAGUCGCGCCUCUACUCCAAAAUCCGGGCCACUGAAUGUUUGAAUAAGACCUGGCAGAAGAAGGUCGGCCCUGACGAGCCGGAACCGUCUCCCAAUGUCAAAGCCUUGAUUCUUCACUCGAACCAGCUCACUAACUGGGUCGCCGAAAUGAUCCUUACCCAAGGUGAUGUCAAGAAGCGUGUUGUGGUCAUCAAACACUUUGUCAAUGUGGCUGAUAAAUGUCGCGCUUUAAACAACUACUCUACCCUAACAUCCAUUAUCUCAGCUCUUGGAACCGCACCCAUUCAUCGUUUGGGUAGAACGUGGAGCCAGGUCAGCGGACGCACCUCUACAGUUCUAGAAAACAUGCGUCGCCUCAUGGCUAGCACGAAGAACUUUGGCGAAUACCGAGAGACUCUGCAUCUCGCUAACCCGCCCUGUAUUCCAUUCUUCGGCGUCUAUCUUACCGAUUUGACCUUCAUUGAGGAUGGUAUUCCGUCCCUAACACCUUCGGAAUUGAUCAACUUCAAUAAGCGGGCCAAGACCGCGGAGGUCAUUCGGGAUAUUCAACAAUACCAAAAUGUCCCUUACCUUCUGCAGCCUGUCGGCGAGCUCCAGGAUUACAUUCUCAGUAAUCUUCAAGGCGCUGGCGAUGUACACGACAUGUACGAACGGAGUUUGGAAAUCGAGCCUAGAGAGCGCGAGGAUGAAAAGAUUGCAAGGUAUGCUGAAACCACAAGCAGAGACAAGGGCUCCUUGUUGUUUGCAUCCACCGUCGCUAUUCUGCGAUAA